AUGGUAGGCAGCACAUCGACCGACAGUCUCCCACCUUUAGCGGUGGUAGGCUUCUCCUUCAAGUUUCCCGAAGAUGCAACUUCGUCAGACUCCUUCUGGCAGAUGUUGCUCGAAGGCAGAUGCGUUUCGACCGAGUUCCCUGCCGACCGGAUGAACAUCGACGCCCACUACCAUCCCGACCGCAACCGCCUCGACAGCGUCUCAAUGCGCGGCGGUCACUUUCUCAAGGAAAAACUUGACCCCUUCGACGCGCCAUUCUUUGCGAUGAGUGCUGCGGAAGCAGAAGCAAUGGAUCCCCAGCAACGUAUGGUCCUAGAGACGGUCUAUCGAGCACUGGAGAACGCAGGUCUUCCAAUGGAGAAAGUUGCGGGCUCUAAGACCAGUGUAAUUGCAGGCUCAUUCAGCGAUGACUACUUCUUGCUGCAGACCAAAGACCCGCUAGAUAUGCCUAAAUACACGGCCGUGGGCACAUCGCGGAAUAUGCUUGCUAAUCGAGUCAGCUGGUUCUUUGAUCUGCUAGGACCGAGCGUUGCGGUUGAUACUGCGUGCUCAAGCAGCUUGAUCGCCUUGGAUAUGACGUGCCAAUCGAUCUGGAGUGGAGACGCUGCUAUGGGCCUGGCAAUCGGCAGCAACGUGAUACUCACCCCAGAAUUAACCAUGAGCUUGGACAAUUUGGGACUACUAUCGCGGGAUAGCCACAGCUACAGCUUUGACAGCCGGGCAAAUGGAUAUGCAAGAGGUGAGGGAAUCGGUGUAAUUGUGAUCAAGCGACUCGAUAGCGCUAUACGUGAUGGAGACACCGUCAGAGCCGUUAUAAGAUCAUCGUCUUCGAACCAAGAUGGAAAGACACCCGGUAUCACGCAGCCUAGCAAAGAUGCGCAGGUUCGCUUGAUCAGAGAUACGUACAAAAAGGCUGGGCUGGAUAUGUCAUUGACCCGGUAUUUCGAAGCGCAUGGCACAGGAACCCCCAUUGGUGACCCAAUCGAAACGAGAGCAAUAGGGACCGCUUUUCGCCGGUAUAGGUCGCCCGAGGAACCAUUAUACGUAGGAUCUGUCAAAUCGAAUAUAGGGCAUCUUGAAGGAGCUAGUGGUGUUGCUGGAGUCAUCAAAGUGAUUUUAGCAUUGGAGAAAGGCAUCAUUCCACCAAACAGCCGAAACCUGCAGUCCCUAAAUCCACAAAUUGACGAGGAGUUUCUCAAUUUGAAGGUGUUACAAAAGGCCAUUCCAUGGCCCGAAACUGGCCUACGAAGAGCAUCCGUAAGCUCGUUUGGCUUCGGUGGGUCGAAUUGCCACGUCGUCUUGGACGAUGCAUACAAUUCCCUUCGCCUUAUGGGUAUCGAAAACAGCCGUCAUCAGACAGCGAUCGUACCUCCAUCGCAUGCAGACACUGGUCUAGCGGCUCAGCCUGGGGGGGCCUACACCAUAAAUGACGAAACCCGACAACCAACCGACAAUCACGUCAUCGGACAAAAGGAAAAUGGAUUGCUUGAUGAGGAGAAGAACCACCAGCUUCUUGUGUGGUCAACCGCAGACGAAGAAGGAAUCAAGCGACUUGUGGAAUCCUGGAAGCCAUUUCUAUCGGACAAACGCGAGCUCUCGACAAGUCAGCGACGUCAAUAUCUGCUCGACCUGGCAUAUACCCUCAGUCAGCGUCGCAGUCACCUCCAAUGGCGGAGCUAUGCUAUUGCAGAUGCCUUGGGGGAUCUCGGAAGUCUUCCUGACUAUUUUGUGCCUGCAAUCAAGUCUACCGACAACCCUCACAUAGCGUUUUUGUUUACUGGACAAGGAGCUCAGUGGCACGCGAUGGGUCGCGAGCUGUUACAUCGGUAUCCUGUAUUCGCAGACAGUCUCUCAGACUCCGCGAAGUACCUGAAAACACUAGGGUGCGCCUGGGACCUGCUAAACGAACUACAAAAGUCCGCAUCUGAUACCAACGUGAAUAAUCCCGCUUAUGGCCAACCUUUAUCGACUACUCUCCAGGUCGCCCUCAUUGAUCUGCUUGACAGCUGGGGAGUCACCCCGGCCGCAGUCGUAGGACACUCCUCCGGAGAAAUUGCUGCCGCGUAUUUUUCCCUCCGAAUAUAUCCAUUUAUGCCAGUGUUACUGACGAGAGACGAGACAGGUUCCAUGCUUGCGGUAGGAUUAUCCAAGAAGGAUACCAAAGGAUAUAUCGACAGGAUUAUAUGCGGACUCGAAGAUCCGAGGCUGGUAGUGGCCUGCAUCAACAGCCCCAGAAGCGUGACAGUUUCGGGCGAUGAAGAGCAGAUCGAUGCUCUGCAUGACCUGCUGCAGCAGGAUGAGGUCUUCUCACGCAAGUUGAUGGUCAACGUCGCAUAUCAUUCGUUCCAGAUGCGAGAGAUCGCAAACGAAUAUUACUCUGCGAUGGGAACGCUGGAGAGACCGAGUUGGGAGAAGAAGAAGGCCCCUGUCAUGUUGUCUUCUGUCACAGGAGACUGGGUCUCGAAUCUUGAGCUGACAGACCCAGCAUACUGGGUGAGAAAUAUGGUAUCUCCAGUUUUAUUUUCCGUUGCCAUGAGCCGCAUCUGUUCUUCUCCUGGAAAACAGACCAGGAAAAUCGAUGGAAGCCAUCGCUAUCAGAUGGCCAUCAGUCAUCUUCUGGAGAUUGGGCCGCACGCAGCAUUGCAGGGUCCAUGCCGUGAUAUACUCAAGAGCAUCAACAAGCAAGCCUAUAUCCUUUAUCAUUCACUUCUAGUACGGAAUAAAUCCGCUGUGCAGACGACCUUGGACUGUGCAGGUCGCUUGCAUUGCUACGGCUACCCAAUCAAUCUGGCACUGGUCAACACAACCGCUUAUGAUAAAGGCAACCAAAGACGAGUGCUCAGUAAUCUUCCCGAAUACCCAUUCAACCACUCGACAUCAUACUGGCGCGAAAGCCGAAAAAGCAAGGGCUACAGAUGCAGGAGAUUCGGCUGUCUUGACCUUGUCGGUAUCCCAGAUCCAGACGGCAACCCUAUGGAAGCUAGCUGGCGGAACAUUAUCCGAGUCUCUGAGAUGCCGUGGGUUCAAGAUCACAAGAUCCAUAAUACCAUUCUCUACCCGGCGGCAGGCAUGUUGGUAAUGGCAGUUGAGGCGAUCAAGCAGCUGGUCGAGCCAGACAAAGUCAUCGCGGGCUUCAAUAUCAAAGAUGCUGUAUUUGCAUCUGCACUGCAUAUACCCAUACAUGCGGACGGCAUCGAGACCAAUAUACACAUGAAGCGCAUCAGAGAAGGCAAGUCAGAUAGUACAGGCUGGUACGAAUUCCGGAUAUGUUCGUACGACAACAACACCUGGAUUGAGAACUCCACAGGCUCCAUCCAAGCCGUAUUUGAAGCCGGCGAGAUGGGACUGAAUACCAACGGUCGGGUGGAGCGCGAGUGGCAGGAGGGUCUUGUGCAGGCAUAUCAGAAUGCAGCGUAUACAUGCACAGCAUCCGUCGACGCAUCUGAGUUCUACAAAGAUAUAUUCGCCUGUGGCUAUCAUUAUGGGCCGGCAUUCAAGGCAAUCACGGCUCUCCGAUGCGAUGGAAGGAGUAAUGGGCAAUUCGUCUCAGAUGUCCGCACCUACGGGUGGGUGGAUGACGAGAGCUCGGCAGUUGCUCAGCCUCAUACGAUUCACCCAACCACAUUAGACGCCGUUAUCCACAUGAUGGCCGGUAUCGUGACGUACGGAGGCCAGAAAAAGUCCGUUGCUGUUCCGACACGGAUCGACCAAGUAUGGAUAUCGAAUGCCGGCGGGCUGAGCCAUCCGACAGCGGACUGCAUCAAGGUGCAUGCGAGUUCCCACAGGUCGGCCGUCGGGGACGCCCGGUAUUCAAUGACUGCAGUUGAUCGCGAAAUCACUCAUGCACUCCUGACCAUCAGCGGUCUUAGAGUCACAGCCCUGGCAAGCUCGGCGGGCCUAUCAGAUAAUGAUCAACUACAGACAGAGAACCUGUGCCACCAUGUAGAAUGGAAGCCUGACCUCGAUCUCCUGGGCAACGAGGAAAUCCGAGCAUUCUGUGCAAGUGGGGAGUCAAACAGCGAAGAACAAGCCGAGUACUUUACUGAAUUGGACUUCCUUGUGACAACAUACGUUGACAGAGUUCUCAAGUCGAUUCCAGAUGUCAAGACUGAUCCCCCUCCCCAUAUGGCGAGUUCUGAAACAUGGAGGAACCACAUGAAGGACGAGAGCUUCGUUGAUAAUGUCCAUGGAAAACUCGAGAGCACGAACAAACGAGGACUGCUUGUGAGCACAGUUUGUAGGAACCUUCUCAUGUUCCUCAAAGGAGAAAUCGAUCCCAUUGUUUGCCUAUUCGAAGGGAACUUACUUGAUGAAUCUUAUUAUGAAAUGGUCCACUCUCUUCCACGUAUUCGUCAAUUCGCUCGGUAUCUUGAUGCUCUGGCGCACAAAAACCCACACAUGAAAAUCCUUGAAGUUGGUGCUGGAAGCGGCGCUAUGACUCAAUUCUGCCUUCAGGUCCUUUCUACAAACUCGGAAAACGACGCCACGGUGCCUCGCUAUGGGCAGUGGGACUUCACCGAUAUAUCUGGAUCUUUCUUCCCGAAGGCGCAGGAAAUCUUUGCAUCUCAAGGCCAGCGGAUGACGUUCAAGACACUUGACAUUGAACAGGAUCCUGAACUGGAGGGCUUCGAGUGUGGAACGUAUGACAUGGUUGUUGCAUUUCUGGUCUUGCAUGCCACAAAAGAUCUGUCUGCGAGUUUGAAGAAUGUCCGCAAGUUGCUGAAGCCGGGGGGAAAGCUCGUGCUGUUCGAAAUCAUCCGACCGGGUGCUAUCCGGACAACGUUUGUCUUUGGCUUGUUCGAAGGAUGGUGGCGAGGACUCGAGCCCUAUCGCCAGAAGAAUCCAUGCGUGGACUCGGCCCAGUGGGAAAGCCAUCUGAAGGAAGCCGGAUUCUCUGGCUGCGAUGUCGUGAUCGACGACUAUAGCCACGAGGACUGCCAGGAGGCUAGUUUAAUUCUGUCGACUGCUGUUCAUGAUACGUCCAUGAUGGAAAAGUCGCCGAAAAUUAGUAUCGUCAUCGAUCCUGCUAACUAUGCACAAGUGGAAUUGGCUGGUGAACUUGAAGCCCAGCUCAGGAGCGCGGGUUUGGCCAAUAUAACCCGGACUGGAGUGGAAUAUUCCCUAGAAAGGGAAGAUCGUACGAACAGUCUGGAUAUCGCUAUUUUGGAAGGCUACAGUCCCUAUUUGUACGAUAUAAACGAGCAAGAGUUCCAGCGUGUUCAGAGCUUGCUUACUUCUACGAGAAAUCUCGUCUGGGUAAAUGGGGGAGGCGGACAUCAACCAUGUCCCAAAUACCGACUCGUGGACGGACUUUUUCGAGUCCUCAGGGAGGAGAACCACAGAACAAGACUGACAAUCCUCUCCCUGGAGCAAAAGGCGUCAAUCAAGCAACAGGCUCGGCAGAUUGCCAAACUAGCGCACUCUGCCUUGACCCAGGAGACCGGCAUCGACACAGAUUACACAGAGCUAGGCGGCAUGCUUCACGUCGGCCGCCUGGUUCACGCCACUCUAGUCAAUCAGGAAAUUUCGGCGAAGAAGCUUCCUCAACAGAGGGCAUUACGAGCUUUCGGUGCUGAACCUCGGCUAAGACUUGAGAUCAGCUCCCCUGGUCUUUUAAAUACUCUCCACUUUGUCGAGGAUACUUCAACCCAGAAGCCACUCGGGCCUACAGAAUUUGAAGUUGAAGUUAAGAGUGUCGGCCUUAACUUUCGGGACGUGCUGAUUGCCCUGGGCCGGCUGGACAGCGAGGCGCUGGGAGCUGAGUUUGCAGGGGUGGUCACAAAGGUUGGAUCCUCGUGCCGCAAGUUUCAGCCGGGAGACAGGGUUUUGGCGUGUUAUCCCAGUCGUCACGCAAACUAUGUCUGUCUGAACGAAAACAUGGCCGUCAUAAAGAUCCCGGACACUAUGCUCUCAUUUUCGGAAGCCGCAGCUUUGCCAGUCGCUUAUGCCACAGCGUGGAUUGCGCUUAAUGAAAUCGCUCGACUCCAGCAAGGCGAAGCAAUUCUGAUUCAUUCAGGUGCCGGAGGAACGGGACAAGCCGCCAUCCAAAUCGCACAGCUCCUCGGUGCGAGGGUCUUCACGACUGUUUCCAACGAGAAUAAAAAGCAGUUUCUUGUAGAGAAGUACAACAUUCCGGAGGACCAUAUCUUCUCCAGUCGGAAUACGCUUUUCGCGAAAGGCAUCAAGCGCCUCACAAAGGACAAAGGCGCAGACGUGAUUCUCAAUUCGUUGUCUUCUGAGGGGCUUAUCGCAUCUUGGGAGUCGAUCGCACCGUAUGGCCGAUUCAUCGAAAUAGGGAAGAACGAUAUUUUAUCCAACUCGAAGCUUCCAAUGUUGCAAUUCGAACAGAAUGUGACCUUUGCUGCGGUUGAUCUGGCCGCGAUGACAUUGGACCGUCCACACGUUGUGACAGCGGCACUGGAAGCUAUCCUGUCAUUGCUAAUGGAAGGGAAGAUCUCCCUUCCGGAUCCACUCCAAGUCUAUGGCAUAGCAGACAUUGAACUUGCAUUCAGGCAAAUGCAGAGUGGCAAGAACUCAGGAAAGGCUGUUUUGGAGAUGAGAGAUACGGACGAGGUAAUGACCGUUCUGGAAACGAAACCAGAGUACUUCUUUAGCCCCGAGGAGACCUAUCUCAUCGCAGGUGGCUUAGGCGGCUUAGGGCGGAACAUCGCUCGCUGGUUUGUCGAGAGGGGAGCUCGAAAUCUGAUUCUACUCUCACGGUCGGGGCCUCAGAACCCGCAUGCUCAUGACCUGGUCAGAGAGCUAGAAGCCAAAGGCGCAAGAGUUGCUACUCCCGCGUGUGACAUCACCAACAGGGAAUGCCUGAAAGCCGUCUUGUCCGAGUUUGGGAAGACGAUGCCUCCGAUCAAAGGAUGUAUCCAAGCAUCGAUGGUUGUUAGUGAUGCGCAUUUUGAAGGUAUAUCUUUCGAAUCUUGGAAGGCUUCCACCACGCCUAAGGCCCAAGGCUCAUGGAAUUUACACGAGCUUCUUCCGAGAGGAAUGAAUUUUUUCGUGUUAAUGUCAUCUGUUGCUGGAGUAUACGGCGCACGAGGAGCAUCUGGUUACGCUGCUGGAAAUACGUUCGAAGACGGUCUAGCCCGAUACCGCGUCGCACUGGGCGAGAAAGCUGUGUCGUUUGACCUUGGAAUGUUUCUGUCCGUCGGUGUUUUAAAGGACAACCUUGCGCUCCGAGAAAAGACAUUGGCAAGUUCUGUCUUCCAGCAGAUCACAGAGUCCGAUCUCCAUGCGCUCCUGGAUAUCUACUGUAACCCAAGUCUGGAUGAGGUUCCAUUGUUGAGAAGUCAGACGGUCGUUGGGAUGACACCCAAGAUGCGCGAGAAAGGCAUGACGACCACUGAAUGGAUCAAGCGACCAUUCUACCAGCAUAUGACAUUGGUCGAAGGGACGGACGCUGGCAUUCCUGGGAAGGCAGAGCAUACGAAUUUCGCUGCUCUCUUCGCAAACGCUGGAUCUGUAGCCGAUGUCACUGGAGCAGUGACAGAGCAGCUGAGGGUCAAGCUCUCCAAGAUGCUGUCAUUACCUCUUGCUGAGAUAGACGUCGACAAGCCCAUACAUCAGUACGGAGUCGAUUCCCUGGCGGCAGUGGAACUGCGGAACUGGUUCUCGAAAGAACUCCGCGCAGACGUCGCCAUUUUUGACAUCCUUGGGGGCGCGAACAUUGCCUCUGCAGUUGGACUCGCGGUUCGGAAGAGUGACUACCGAAGAGCAGAAUGGGGAUCUUGA